AUGAUCUUGGCCACUCUGAGGAGCAUCGGGAAGCAGCUGCUGCGUGUGAAGGUGGUGGACUGUAACGCGGAGGAGUCACGCCUGUCCCGAUGCCUCAACACCUUUGACCUGGUGGCCCUAGGGGUGGGGAGUACCCUGGGGGCCGGGGUGUACGUGCUGGCUGGAGCAGUGGCACGGGACAGCUCUGGACCCGCCAUCGUGCUGUCCUUCCUCAUCGCCGCCCUGGCCUCUGUGCUGGCCGGACUGUGCUACGCAGAGUUCGGGGCGCGGGUCCCCAAAACGGGCUCUGCAUAUCUGUACAGCUACGUGACCGUGGGAGAGCUGUGGGCCUUCAUCACCGGCUGGAACCUCAUCCUCUCUUACGUCAUCGGUACGUCUAGCGUGGCGCGGGCCUGGAGUGCGACCUUUGAUGAGCUGAUCGGUCACCACAUCGAGACCUUCUGCAGACAGCACAUGAGCAUGAACGCCCCAGGACUGGCAGAGUACCCUGACCUGUUCGCCGUGCUCAUCAUCCUCACACUCACAGGGCUGCUGGCAUUCGGAGUGAAGGAGUCCGCCAUGGUGAACAAAGUGUUCACCUGCGUAAAUGUGCUGGUGCUGCUGUUUGUGGUCAUCGCUGGGCUGGUCAAAGGAGAUCUCCGGAACUGGAGGAUCCACCCCCAAGACAUCCUCAAUGCGACGGCCCACAACGUCAGCUCAAAUCUUUCAGACGUGGUGCCCACAGAGAAGACCCUGGGCCUGGGCGGAUUCAUGCCGUUUGGUCUGCAGGGAGUACUGUCUGGAGCCGCCACCUGCUUCUAUGCCUUCGUGGGUUUUGACUGCAUCGCCACCACUGGAGAGGAGGUGAAAAACCCCCAGAGGGCCAUCCCCAUCGGGAUCGUGGCUUCCCUGCUCAUCUGCUUUGUGGCAUACUUUGGCGUGUCGGCCGCCCUCACAGUGAUGAUGCCAUACUACCUGCUGGACAAGAACAGCCCCCUGCCCGUGGCCUUCAAGUAUGUGGGCUGGGAGGGGGCCACGUAUGCUGUGGCCAUUGGCUCUCUGUGUGCGCUGUCCACCAGUCUGCUAGGCUCCAUGUUCCCAAUGCCCCGUGUGAUCUGGGCCAUGGCUGCGGAUGGCCUGCUCUUCAAAGGCCUGGCUAAAAUCAGCGCACGCUCCAAAACCCCUCUAAUAGCCACAGUGGCGUCCGGUGUGGUGGCAGCUGUGAUGGCGUUCCUGUUCGACCUGAAGGACCUGGUUGACCUGAUGUCCAUAGGCACUCUGCUGGCCUACACACUGGUGGCUGCCUGUGUGCUGGUCCUCAGGUACCAGCCGGAGCAGCCCAGUAUGGUGUAUGAGAUGGCCAACACACAGGAGGAGGCAGAUGGGGCCGAGUCGCUGACUGAGGGGACCUCAGACAUUCUGCCCAGUGACAGCAUCACGCUGAAGACCCUGCUGUCCCCGCCCAACCAUGAGCCGUCCCGCCGCUCCGGGUCUGUGGUCAACAUCUGCACCAGCCUGCUAGGCGUGUUGGUGUGCGUCUUUGGCAUAGUUGCGGUCCAAGGAGGAAUGGCUCACUGGUCCCUGGCUCUUCUCUGUGUCCUGUUGGUGGUCUGUCUCAUCCUCACUGUCAUCGUCUGGAGACAGCCGCAGAGCAAGGCUAAGGUGGCCUUCAAGCUAGGGGGGGGGGGGGGGGGGGGGGGGGGGGGGGGGGGGGGGGGGGGGGGGGGGGGGGGGGGGGGGGGGGGGGGGGGGGGGGGGGGGGGGGGGGGGGGGGGGGGGGGGGGGGGGGGGGGGGGGGGGGGGGGGGGGGGGGGGGGGGGGGGGGGGGGGGGGGGGGGGGGGGGGGGGGGGGGGGGGGGGGGGGGGGGGGGGGGGGGGGGGGGGGGGGGGGGGGGGGGGGGGGGGGGGGGGGGGGGGGGGGGGGGGGGGGGGGGGGGGGGGGGGGGGGGGGGGGGGGGGGGGGGGGGGGGGGGGGGGGGGGGGGGGGGGGGGGGGGGGGGGGGGGGGGGGGGGGGGGGGGGGGGGGGGGGGGGGGGGGGGGGGGGGGGGGGGGGGGGGGGGGGGGGGGGGGGGGGGGGGGGGGGGGGGGGGGGGGGGGGGGGGGGGGGGGGGGGGGGGGGGGGGGGGGGGGGGGGGGGGGGGGGGGGGGGGGGGGGGGGGGGGGGGGGGGGGGGGGGGGGGGGGGGGGGGGGGGGGGGGGGGGGGGGGGGGGGGGGGGGGGGGGGGGGGGGGGGGGGGGGGGGGGGGGGGGGGGGGGGGGGGGGGGGGGGGGGGGGGGGGGGGGGGGGGGGGGGGGGGGGGGGGGGGGGGGGGGGGGGGGGGGGGGGGGGGGGGGGGGGGGGGGGGGGGGGGGGGGGGGGGGGGGGGGGGGGGGGGGGGGGGGGGGGGGGGGGGGGGGGGGGGGGGGGGGGGGGGGGGGGGGGGGGGGGGGGGGGGGGGGGGGGGGGGGGGGGGGGGGGGGGGGGGGGGGGGGGGGGGGGGGGGGGGGGGGGGGGGGGGGGGGGGGGGGGGGGGGGGGGGGGGGGGGGGGGGGGGGGGGGGGGGGGGGGGGGGGGGGGGGGGGGGGGGGGGGGGGGGGGGGGGGGGGGGGGGGGGGGGGGGGGGGGGGGGGGGGGGGGGGGGGGGGGGGGGGGGGGGGGGGGGGGGGGGGGGGGGGGGGGGGGGGGGGGGGGGGGGGGGGGGGGGGGGGGGGGGGGGGGGGGGGGGGGGGGGGGGGGGGGGGGGGGGGGGGGGGGGGGGGGGGGGGGGGGGGGGGGGGGGGGGGGGGGGGGGGGGGGGGGGGGGGGGGGGGGGGGGGGGGGGGGGGGGGGGGGGGGGGGGGGGGGGGGGGGGGGGGGGGGGGGGGGGGGGGGGGGGGGGGGGGGGGGGGGGGGGGGGGGGGGGGGGGGGGGGGGGGGGGGGGGGGGGGGGGGGGGGGGGGGGGGGGGGGGGGGGGGGGGGGGGGGGGGGGGGGGGGGGGGGGGGGGGGGGGGGGGGGGGGGGGGGGGGGGGGGGGGGGGGGGGGGGGGGGGGGGGGGGGGGGGGGGGGGGGGGGGGGGGGGGGGGGGGGGGGGGGGGGGGGGGGGGGGGGGGGGGGGGGGGGGGGGGGGGGGGGGGGGGGGGGGGGGGGGGGGGGGGGGGGGGGGGGGGGGGGGGGGGGGGGGGGGGGGGGGGGGGGGGGGGGGGGGGGGGGGGGGGGGGGGGGGGGGGGGGGGGGGGGGGGGGGGGGGGGGGGGGGGGGGGGGGGGGGGGGGGGGGGGGGGGGGGGGGGGGGGGGGGGGGGGGGGGGGGGGGGGGGGGGGGGGGGGGGGGGGGGGGGGGGGGGGGGGGGGGGGGGGGGGGGGGGGGGGGGGGGGGGGGGGGGGGGGGGGGGGGGGGGGGGGGGGGGGGGGGGGGGGGGGGGGGGGGGGGGGGGGGGGGGGGGGGGGGGGGGGGGGGGGGGGGGGGGGGGGGGGGGGGGGGGGGGGGGGGGGGGGGGGGGGGGGGGGGGGGGGGGGGGGGGGGGGGGGGGGGGGGGGGGGGGGGGGGGGGGGGGGGGGGGGGGGGGGGGGGGGGGGGGGGGGGGGGGGGGGGGGGGGGGGGGGGGGGGGGGGGGGGGGGGGAGAAAGAGCGGGGGCAGCGCUCACAUUUGAAAUCUUUGCCAAAGAUGGUGGCCUGCCUCCAAACGUGGCUAUAACCACGGUGACGAUCCACGUCCUGGACCAGAACGACCACGCUCCGGUGUUUGAACGCCUCUUCUACAGAAUGGAGGUCCCUGAGGGCACGGCCCCCCAGGCCCUGUGCACGCUGAGGGCCCAGGACCAGGACUCAGGGCCCCACGGAGACCUCCGCUACAGGAUCAAUGGAGUCAUCAGGAGUCAGUCAUCAGGAGUCAUCAGGAGUCAGUCAUCAGGAGUCAUCAGGAGUCAGUCAUCAGGAGUCAUCAGGAGUCAGUCAUCAGGAGUUAUCAGGAGUCAGUCAUCAGGAGUUAUCAGGAGUCAGUCAUCAGGAGUCAGUCAUCAGGAGGUAGUCAUCAGGAGUCAGUCAUCAGGAGUCAGUCAUCAGGAGGUAGUCAUCAGGAGUCAUCAGGAGUCAGUCAUCAGGAGUCAGUCAUCAGGAGGUAGUCAUCAGGAGUCAGUCAUCAGGAGUCAGUCAUCAGGAGGUAGUCAUCAGGAGUCAUCAGGAGUCAGUCAUCAGGAGUCAGUCAUCAGGAGUUAUCAGGAGUCAGUCAUCAGGAGUCAGUCAUCAGGAGUUAUCAGGAGUCAGUCAUCAGGAGUCAGUCAUCAGGAGGUAGUCAUCAGGAGUCAGUCAUCAGGAGUCAGUCAUCAGGAGGUAGUCAUCAGGAGUCAUCAGGAGUCAGUCAUCAGGAGUCAGUCAUUAGGAGUUAUCAGGAGUCAGUCAUCAGGAGUCAGUCAUCAGGAGUCAGUCAUCAGGAGUCAUCAGGAGUCAGUCAUCAGGAGUCAGUCAUCAGGAGUUAUCAGGAGUCAGUCAUCAGGAGUCAUCAGGAGUCAUCAGGAGUCAGUCAUCAGGAGUCCGUCAUCAGGAGUCAUCAGGAGUUAUCAGGAGUCAGUCAUCAGGAGUCAGUCAUCAGGAGUCAGUCAUCAGGAGGUAGUCAUCAGGAGUCAUCAGGAGUCAGUCAUCAGGAGUCAGUCAUCAGGAGUUAUCAGGAGUCAGUCAUCAGGAGUCAUCAGGAGUCAUCAGGAGUCAGUCAUCAGGAGUCCGUCAUCAGGAGUCAUCAGGAGUCAGUCAUCAGGAGUCAUCAGGAGUCAUCAGGAGUCAGUCACCAGGAGUCAGUCACCAGGAGUCAGUCAUCAGGAGUCAUCAGGAGUCAGUCAUCAGGAGUCCGUCAUCAGGAGUCAUCAGGAGUCAUCAGGAGUCAGUCAUCAGGAGUCAUCAGGAGUCAGUCACCAGGAGUCAUCAGGAGUCAGUCAUCAGGAGUCAUCAGGAGUCAGUCACCAGGAGUCAUCAGGAGUCAGUCAUCAGGAGUCAGUCAUCAGGAGUCAGUCAUCAGGAGUCAGUCAACAGGAGUCAGUCAACAGGAGUCAGUCAACAGGAGUCAGUCAUCAGGAGUCAUCAGGAGUCAGUCAUCAGGAGUCAUCAGGAGUUAUCAGGACCGGAGACCGAUCCGGAGACUUCCAGCUGGACCCUGUCUCCGGGGUCCUGUCCACGUCUCGUCCCCUGGAUCGCGAACGCAAACCCGCCUACGCCCUGACAGUCUCUGCGUCAGACCGUGGCGCCCCGCCCCUCAGCUCCACCGUUACCGUGGAGAUCACCGUCCUGGACAUCAAUGACCACAGCCCCCAGUUCGAGAGCGCCUCCUACACCGCGGACAUCUCCGAGGACGUGCCCAUCGGUUCUCUGGUCGUGGACGUCAGGGCGAGCGACCUCGACGAAGGCGCUAACGGACAAAUCAUGUACUUUCUCACCCCGGGAUCGAAGAGCGUGUUUAUCAUUGACCAGAACACCGGCCGCAUCAUCACCACGACGUCACUGGAUCGCGAGAAAGUCUCUUUGUACACUUUCGACGUCUGCGCCAUCGACUCUUCGCCGGCGCAUCCGCGAAACUCCACCGCGAGAGUCACGGUUUACAUCCAAGACGUCAACGACAACGCGCCCUACUUCGUCCAAGACCCGCUCAUUCUGAACGUAUCCGUGGACGCCGUGUCCGACCGCCGCGUUCUGGCCACGAUGAAAGCAGAAGAUAAGGAUUUUGGCGCCAACGGUUCAGUGUUUUACCGUUUCGCCAAUCCGGUCCGCGGCUUCACCAUCAACUCUCUGACGGGUGACAUCCAGGCCACGGAGAGGCUGCGGGGGCUGACGCAGAGCCAGAGGACGCUGAUGGUCCAGGCCGUGGACCAGGGGAACCCGCCUCAGUCCUCUCUGGGCGUGGUCGUGGUCUACGUGCGAGAACUGGACUACACCGGGGUCAGGUUCUCAACUAACGCCCGAGACGUCAGUCUGCAGGAGAACGCCGCUCCAGGGACAGUGGUGACACAGACAGAGGCGCGUCUCUCAGACGGAUCACAGAACGGCAUCAGCUACAGCCUGUUCAGCGGCAACCGGAGGAAAUCCUUUGGAAUCAACUCUAUCACAGGUGAGGUCCGGGUGCAGAGGUCCGAGGGCCUGGACUUUGAGGACAGCCCUAGACUCCGCCUGGUGGUGAAGGCAGAGACUGCAGCCUCCAGCGCCUUCACCGCCGUGAACCUGAUCCUGCAGGACGUCAACGACAACACGCCGCGCUUCCACCUCCAGAACUAUGUGGCCCUCAUCCACGAAGCACAGGGACACGCCUCCCCCAUCAUCCAGGUGUGUGCGGAGGACGGGGACCAGGGCCUGAACGCUCAGAUCACCUACUCCCUGCGUGCCUCCUCCCUCAGCACCUCCUCUCUGGGCGCCUCCUCCCUCAGCACCUCCUCUCUGGGCGCCUCCUCCCUCAGCACCUCCUCUCUGGGCGCCUCCUCCCUCAGCUCUCUGUUUAAGAUCCACCCGAGCAGCGGCAGCGUCAGCACCAACGCCAUCAUGGACCGAGAGAUCUGGACCAGCACCAAGCUGGUUGUCACGGCGACAGACCGGGGCUCUCCUCCUUUGGCCGGAUCUGCGACUCUGACCGUGAUCAUCGUGGACCUGAACGACAACAGCCCCAUGAUCCCAGUGCCACAGGAGCUGAGGCUGCCGGAGGGUGGGUCUGAGGGCCGGGCCCCCAUCACACCCAGAGGGCCCCCAUCACACCCAGAGGGCCCCCAUCACACCCAGAGGGCCCCCUCACACCCAGAGGGCCCCAAUCACACCCCAAGAGCCCCCAUCACACCCAGAGGGCCCCAAUCACACCCAGAGGGCCCCCAUCACACCCAGAGGGCCCCAAUCACACCCCAAGAGCCCCCAUCACACCCAGAGGGCCCCAAUCACACCCAGAGGGCCCCCAUCACACCCACAGCACGGCGGGGUCUCAAUCAUGUGACAUCACAGGCGGGGUCUCAGUCAUGUGACAUCACAGGCGGGGUCUCAGUCAUGUGA